AUUGACUUGUUCCGAUCUUUCCUCGAUCAUCGUGCAGUCGCAUUUCAACGUCGUGCAUCGUUUCAACGUUUCGCAAGAAUGAUCUGGCUGGGAGUAUUUUUACUGGCAACUGCCAGUAUCGCCGCCAAGUGUCCCAACAUCAUCGGGAGAAGUCAGUGGAGCACCGUGCCCUCCGGCGACGUGAAUUACCUGAUAGUACCGAUACCAUAUGUCGUCAUACAUCAUACAGUUACUCCUGAGUGCAAUUCGCGCCAAACGUGUACAACUCGCGUCGACAACAUCCGGGGUUAUCACAUGGAUAACUUUGGCUGGGACGAUAUUGGUUACUCAUUUUUAAUCGGUGGCGAUGGAAACGUGUACGAGGGAUGCGGUUGGACGCGCGAGGGAGCGCACACGUACGGAUACAAUAAAAAAUCUAUCGGCAUAAGUUUCAUUGGAAAUUUCGAAAACAAAAACGCUAGUCAGAAAAUGCUGAACGCCGCGCACAAACUAAUACAAUGCGGUAAAUCUCAAGGUGUGCUCCGAAGCGAUGUACGCGUGAUCGGUGGGCGACAGGUGAUCGCAACAGCGAGUCCUGGAAGACAGCUCUACGAGCAGAUUCAAAAUUGGUCCGAAUGGGUUAGCAAUCCUUAGAUACUCUCCAUUGUGUACUAAGAAGAUUACGUCACAACAAACAAGAUAUUCACCUUUGUUUCUUAAUUACAUCUAACUAGAAAUAAAAGCUGUUGUAUGUUCGUA